UUGAAAAUAGCUUUUGGCUUUGCUAAUACAGUAAACACGGACUUUUUUUCACUGAACAGCGAUCUCACAUGAUAUACUAAAUACGUAUUGCGUUAAAUUAAAUGGGAAACAACUCAACUUUUCGUCAGGCAAUUCAAGUGAGUCCUCACUUAUUUUUUUGCAGGCAUUAAUCCGGACACCUGCUGGUCCUUCUUUCUUUUUUACGUCCCUGAGCGAGGCCGGCGUCAAGAUGAAUGACACAGUAACGGUCAGGACCCGCAAGUUCAUGACGAACCGACUGCUUCAGAGGAAGCAAAUGGUCGUUGAUGUCCUCCAUCCUGGCAAAGCCACAGUCCCCAAGACUGAAAUCAGAGAGAAGCUUGCCAAGAUGUACAAGACGACCCCUGAUGUUGUCUUCGUCUUUGGCUUCAGGACUCAGUUCGGUGGUGGAAAGACAACAGGCUUUGCCAUGGUCUACGACUCAUUAGACUAUGCCAAGAAGAAUGAGCCCAAACACAGACUUGCCAGGCAUGGUCUGUACGAGAAAAAGAAGACCUCAAGGAAACAGCGAAAGGAACGCAAGAACAGAAUGAAGAAAGUACGAGGUAUCAAGAAGGCCAGCGUAGGAGCAGCUGGCAAAAAGGUAUUUUAA